AUGCUCACAAUCCUCAUCAACUGGCAUCUACUGCGGAAGACACAUGGACCGGCUGUGGCUGAUGCGCGGGCGCAAUAUCCACGGAUCGCAAAGUACAUAGAGGGUGGGAAGGGGAGCGGCGGUGCCUGGCAUCUCCCGUCAACAUGGACUGAAACCCCGAACACGCCCGUCAACGAUGUCGUCGCAGCGGCGCAACUGGCUCUAAACCGCUCGAGCAACGACCCUUCCGGCCACCUUCCGCACUCCAACAUCCCCCGGAUCAUCCAUCAAACAUGGAGAGAUACCAGGUUCGAGAAAUGGCGACCAAAGUACCAGGCGAGCGUGGAGAAAUGGCUGCGCGUGGUCGAAGAGGAGGAUAUCCCGUACCUAUUUUGGGAUGAUGCCGGAGUCGCUCAAUUCAUGCGAACCUUUGAGCCGAAUCUUGAGGCGGAAUUCUACGGCCUGCCGAGUCCGGUUGAGCGCUCGGAUGUAUUUCGCGUGCUGGUUUGCAAGUGGAUCGGUGGUGUUUACGUUGACAUGGACACCGAGCCCAUCCGGUCGCCUACUGAAUGGAUCAUGCCCACCGACCUAAUUCCCUGGACCGACCAGAAGACAAGCAAACUUUAUCACUCUACGCAAGCUGUCAACGCCAUCGUCGGCAUCGAAGCAGACACAAACCCUGACACUGACACCUACUGGCGCAUGGGCUACUUCUUCCCCAUCCAACUCACCCAGUGGGCAUUCGCAUUCGCGCCGCACCACCCCGUCCUACAAAUCUUCAUCGACCGGCUUCACGAGACCAUCCGACUCGUCACAAGGGAUCAGCAGCUGCUGCCCGAAUCCGAGCAGAGCGGCCGCGGCCUGGACUGGGUCGACCCUGUGAACCUGACCGGCCCGAUUGCAUUCACCGACAGUGUGCGCACGUAUCUGGGCCGGAAGGCUGAUCUGCGUUGGAACGCGCUCACCGGACUGCAUGACGACGGUAAGACAAAGCUGGUCGAGGACGUGCUUGUCCUUCCGAUCACCGGCUUCAGCCCUGGCAGCGCGCGCUUCCGUAAUAUGGGCUCGAAGCCUGUCACUGAUCCCUCGGCACGACUCUACCAUCACGCCGAAGGGUUCGUGGCGGCAUUGGAGUCUGAGAGUCGAGAUGGGCAAGUUUUGCCGCACAGCGUUUGGGCUCUGUAA